CUUUGAGUUAAAUAAUAAUAUAUUUGGGAUAUUAGAGUAGGGGGAUGAUAUUGAAGCCUCGGUAAGACGCGUAGAGAGACGGGAUGAUGCAGAAAACGCAGAUAGAAUCUGAGUCUGGCAAAGAGUCAGCAUCUGAUUCGGAUAAUGAGAGUAAAAGUGACCAAAGUAGCAGUUCCUCUGGUAGUAAUUCUGGAUCUGAGAGUGAUAGUGACUCUAGCUCAUCAAGUAGCGGCGGUUCAAAUUCCUCAGCGGGUUCAGCAGCAUCUGAUUACUCUGCUAAAUCGGUAAAAUCCGAUGCACCUGCACAAAAUGAUAGCUUUCAGAGCAACAAAUGCUCAUCGGGUAACAGCACAUCAGCUAAAGUCAAAAGUCGUCGCGAGUCGAGUCGUGAGUGGGACGACAAUCCCGAUAUUUAUGGAAUUAGGAGAUCGGGAAGAUCUCGGAAAGGACCGGAGAGACUUGACACCACAAAUACAUCACGUGAUAGUGAUAAUGAUAAUCGUAAAAAACUUAAAAAAAAGAGUAGUCAAAACUCAUGGAAUUCCGAGUCAUCAGGAGAUUCUGAUUCCGAGGAUUUUGAAAACCGACGAUUACCUCCUCCGACAAGUAAAUCGAUAAAUCGACGAGCUGCUCAAAAAGCUAAAGAUAAUGUACGUCCGAAAAAAAAACAACGUCGUCUUAUGUCAGCUUCUUCUGAUAAUUCAUCAUUCGAUAGUGAUGACAAUCGAAGGCAUGUUGCAUCAAGAAGAGCAGGAACAGCGGCAGUCAGUUACAAAGAACAAAGCGACGAAGGUACAGCUAGCGAAGAUUUAGUUGAUGUUGAUGAAGCAGCUCAGCAGCAGUCACAUCAAUUAGAUCCAGCUGAUAAUGCUGAAACUAUUGAAAGAAUUCUAGCUGAAAGAAUAGGGAAGAAAGGAGUGACUGGUAACGUAACAACUGUAUAUGCGGUUGAAGAAAAUGGGGAUCCAAAUUUACCAAAACACGACAAUGAAUCAAAUAAAGAAGAAAGUCAAGUACAGUACCUGAUUAAGUGGAAAGGUUGGUCUCACAUACACAAUACAUGGGAGUCUGAGGAAUCAUUGAAAGCACAAAAAGUAAAAGGCUUAAAAAAAUUAGACAAUUUUAUAAAACGUGACAGUGAAAUAAAACAAUGGCGUGUUUAUGCUUGUCCUGAAGAUAUUGAUUACUUUGAAUGCCAAUUGGAGUUACAGCAAGAGCUCUUAAAAAGUUAUAAUAAUGUCGAGAGGAUAAUUGCUGAAUAUAAAAAACCUGACUCUGAGUACCCGGAUUAUUAUUGUAAAUGGGAAAGCUUGCCUUACGCUGAAGCUACGUGGGAAGAUGGUGCGCUUAUUGUUAAAAAGUGGCCGGACAAAAUAAAAGAAUUUCGCGAUCGUGAGGAUUCUAAAAGAACACCAAGUAGGCAUAAUAAAGUACCCGGAAGACGACCAAAGUUUCAUCAAGUUAAAGAGCAGCCAAAGUAUUUAGGCGGUAGUAGAAAAGAUUUGGUACUUCGUGACUAUCAAAUGGAUGGUCUCAAUUGGAUGAUUCAUUCAUGGUGUAAAGAUAAUAGUGUUAUUUUAGCGGACGAAAUGGGAUUGGGUAAAACAAUCCAAACAAUAUGCUUCCUAUAUUAUUUAUUUCACACUCAUCAAAUUCACGGGCCAUUUUUGUUGGUCGUACCCUUGUCGACAAUGACUUGUUGGCAACGUGAGAUGACUUUAUGGGCACCUGAUAUGAAUUUUGUUACUUAUUUAGGUGACGUUACUUCCCGUAAUAUCAUUCGCGAGUACGAGUGGUGUUACUACGGUACCAAAAGAUUAAAAUUUAAUGCAAUACUUACGACCUAUGAAAUUGUAUUGAAAGAUAAAUUAUUUUUGGGUCAACUCGAUUGGUCGGUACUUCUAGUCGACGAGGCGCACAGGCUAAAAAAUGACGAUUCACUUUUGUAUAAAGCUUUAACUGAAUUUCGUACCGAUCAUCGGCUUUUAAUAACCGGUACCCCGUUACAAAAUAGUUUAAAGGAAUUAUGGGCGCUAUUACAUUUUAUUAUGCCGAAUAAAUUUUCCGACUGGGAAGAAUUUGAAAAAGAACAUGACAAUGCUGCACAAAAGGGAUAUUCAAAGUUGCACAAACAGUUGGAACCAUUUAUAUUACGUCGUGUAAAAAAAGAUGUAGAAAAAUCAUUGCCAGCAAAAGUCGAACAGAUUCUUCGUGUUGAAAUGACAUCACUGCAAAAGCAAUACUACAAAUGGAUAUUAACUAAAAAUUAUAAUGCGUUGCGUAAAGGCGUCAAGGGAUCGACAAUGACAUUUAUAAAUAUUGUAAUUGAAUUAAAAAAAUGUUGCAAUCAUGCAUUUUUAACAAAACCAAUGGACUAUGAUCGGGAUAAAAAAGACCUUAACGAAGAUUAUUUACAGCAGAUAAUACGAGGUUCGGGUAAAUUGGUUUUACUCGAUAAAUUAUUGGUACGUUUACGUGAAACAGGUCAUAGAGUAUUAAUAUUCAGUCAAAUGGUCAGAAUGUUAGACAUAUUGGGUGAAUAUUUGCAAAAACGUCAUUUUCCAUUUCAACGUUUAGACGGAAGUAUAAAAGGCGAAUUACGUAAGCAAGCUCUGGAUCACUUUAAUGCUGAAGGUUCUACUGAUUUUUGCUUCCUAUUAUCAACACGUGCUGGUGGUCUUGGUAUUAAUUUAGCAACUGCUGAUACUGUGAUAAUAUUUGACUCUGAUUGGAAUCCACAAAAUGACUUACAGGCACAAGCACGUGCUCAUCGUAUUGGACAAAAAAAUCAAGUAAAUAUUUAUCGUUUAGUUACGAAAAAUUCGGUUGAAGAAGAAAUUGUUGAACGGGCGAAACAAAAAAUGGUACUUGAUCAUUUAGUUAUACAGAGAAUGGACACAACUGGUCGGACUGUACUAGAUAAAAAAGCUUCCGGUAGUACUGCUAAUAAUAAUCCAUUUAAUAAAGAAGACUUGAAUGCAAUAUUGAAGUUCGGAGCGGAGGAAUUAUUUAAAGAUGAAGAGGAUGGUGACGAAGAGCCGACGUGUGAUAUUGAUGAAAUUUUACGUCGUGCUGAGACUAGAGAUGACAGCAGUGCACCGGCAACUGUUGGAGAUGAGCUACUGUCGGCUUUUAAAGUUGCCAGUUUUGCGGCAUUUGAAGAAGAAUCAACAGAACCAGUUCCGGAAGCUGACGCUAAUGAUAAUGGCGAGGAAAGUAAAGAUUGGGCAGAAAUAAUACCGGAAAACUUUCGUAAAAAAAUAGAACAAGAUGAAAAAUGUAAAGAAAUGGAAGAUUUAUAUUUACCACCUCGUAGUCGUAAAACAUUGCAGCAGACUAAUAGUCGAGGCGGUGGAAAAGAUGAUGGUAGAGGAAAUAGAAAACGACGUAAAGCACAAACUGAUGAGGAGAGUGAUGACGGUGAUGACAGUGGUGGCAGCGAUGCUGAUGGUACUGAUGAUGAACGACCGAAAAAACGUGGCAGACCUCGCAUGCAACCGCGUGAAUCGAUUAAAAGUUUCACUGAUGUUGAAAUACGCAGAUUUAUAAAGAGUUAUAAAAAAUUCCCAGCUCCAUUGAAGCGGCUUGAUGACAUUGCUGUUGACAGUGAGUUGCAGGAGAAACCAAUGGCUGAAUUACGUUAUCUCGGGGAAUUAAUGAAGUCGAGGUGCGAUGCUUGCAUUGCCGAAUUUGAAACAGCGUCAAAAGAAACGCAUUCGCGUGAUAAAGGAGAGGAAAAAGUUAAGAAAGAGGGAAAAGGACGUAAACGUGGGCGGGGUCCUACGUUUAAAUUGUCUGGUGUUAUGGUAAAUGCUAAAUCAUUGUCUGCUGCUGAGAAGGAAUUAGAGCCGCUGGAUCAAGCAUUACCGAAAGAUGAGGAGCAACGCGCGGCCUGGUACUUGGAUGUUAAAUUAAAGCCAGCGAAUUUCGAUUGCGAAUGGAAUUCUGAUGACGACUCACGUUUAUUGCGCGGUAUUUAUACUCAUGGUAUGGGUUCUUGGGAGGCUAUAAAAAUGGAUUCGAGUCUUAAACUUGGUGAUAAAAUACUUCCCAAUGAUAACAAACCACAGGUAAAGCAAUUGAAUGCACGUGCUGAAUAUUUAUUGAAAAUAUUGAAGAGGCAAAUGGACAUGAAACAUGGGUUGACGCGUAAAAUGCGAAAGCCACGUAAGCCGAAAGAAAUAAAAUCAGCUAUUACUAAGGAAUUGGUUGAUGAUAAUGACAGCGCUGGUGGUGGCAGUGCUGCCGGUGGUUCGGGUGACGAAAAUAAAAAACCUAAAUUUAAAGGCGAUAAGCAGCAGCAUGUUAAUGUUAGUAAAAAAGAUGAGGCAGAUACUGUUGUUAAGAAAGAAAUUAAGGAAGAAGUUAGUGAUGGCAGUGGCGGUGGUGCUACUGCUGCUGCUACUGGUGGUGGGGGUACUGGAUCGGCUGUCGUCGCUGAGGAUAACAGGAAAGAAAAGAAAGUGAAAAAAGAUAAAAAGGAUGGUAAGAAAAAUAAAAGGAGCAAACAAGGAGGAUCUGCUUUGGCUACUGGACCAAUGCAUUUUACGGCAAAUAAUGAACCCCGUGCACUCGAUGUUCUAGGUGAUUUAGAUCCUUCUGUAUUUAAUGAGUGUAAAGAAAAAAUGCGACCUGUUAAAAAAGCUCUUAAAGCAUUGGAUCAACCAGAUCAAUCGCUCAGUAAAACUGAACAAGUUGCACACACACGUCACUGUCUAGUACAAAUAGGUAAUCAAAUAAAUACAUGUCUUUCCGAAUACAAAGAUCCUGAACAAAUAAAAGAAUGGCGUACUAAUUUAUGGAAAUUUGUAUCGAAAUUUACUGAAUUUGACUCGAAAAAAUUAUAUAAAUUGUACAAACAUGCAUCGCGCUCCAAAGGUGAAGAUGAUAAUUCAAAUAUGUUUUCAAGCCCUGAAAAAAAAGAUGACUCGAAUUCACAGCAACAGAAACACACACAAGACAAAUCACAUCACUCUCAACAACCAAUGGAAACAACACCAGCGAGUGUACCGGCAACCAACAGUGGCAAGGAUUCGCGGUCAUCUAAACGACGUUUUGUUGACGAGAGUGAAGAAAAUUCAAACAGCAGCCUACCCAACAAAAAACAUUUGACAGGAAAUCAUCAUCAUCAUCACACCAGCAAUACUUCAAAUAAUAGCAGUAGACAUUCCUCGUCUACCCCUGGAUCAAACACACUGAUCACGGCGACAACAACAACGGCCACUUCGUCGACCUCAACAACAACCGGUGCUAUGAACUCCACUACGGUACCGCUUGGAUCAAACAGUAAUUUAAAUAGCGGUAAUAGUGUCAGUGGUAGUGAUACUAUGAGACAAAAAGAAUUAAAGGAUUCUUCAAAGCACAGUAAAGAUAUUAAACGUGAUAGGGAUCGGGACAGAGAUAGAGACAGAGAUAGAGAUAGAAUGCAUGAUAGGGGAAUGGAUAGAUUAGUUGGUAGUACAAAGGACGAGAGAAUUAGACGCGACAGUGGAGGAUACGCUGCUGGUGGAGGACACUACAGUGGCGGUGGCAAUCGCGAUGAUGAUCAUUGGUUGAACCGGGAGUCAAGGGAUCCUAGAGACAACAGAUUCAAUGAUCACAAACGCGAUAGAUUUGAUUACGGAAGCAGAAUGCCUGCAGGUGGAUAUCAUCGGGAUCGCGACAGAGAUCGUGAUCGCGGAAUGCACAUUAAUGACAAAAGAAGUGAUUACUAUAGAUACUCAUCAGGUCCACCACCUCAAAAUAAUUACGGCUAUGGGGGACCAGUAGUGGCUGGUAGCUACAACAGUGGAGGAGGAAUAGGAAAUUAUCCACCGGGUGAUAUGCCGUCAGGACAUUACAGAAAUCGAGGAUACCUUGGAGAAAGUGGGGGUGGCGGUGGCGGUUAUUCAAAUGAUUGGAGACCGAAUAAAGAUUACAGACGCGAUUAUGAUCGAAGGCCUCCACCGUCAUCGAAUACCAAUACGUAGUGAUUUUUUUCUUACAACUACCGUCCUCAAGUGUAUAUGUGUAUAAUUGUAUUGGGUGCACGAUGUAUGCGUAUAUCUAUUCACAUAUGUAUAUAUAUGCAUACAUACAUGUAUGUGUGUACAAAUGAAUAUAUUCAUGAGUGCAAGUGUGAGUGCAUUAACUCCAAUUUAUUAUGUACCAUCUCAUUUGAUAAUGUCUCCCUCGCCACCACUACACAUUUCUUCCUUCGUCAGUUAUGCAUUAUGUAAUUAUCUAUUACGUAAAGCGACAAGCGAUAUUCUAGAGAGAAAAAAAAAAAACAAAUUUUUUUAUGCCUCAUAUACAGCAAUUAAUUAGGAUUCGGUGUUUUUUUUGCGUACCAAAAAAACACCUACAGAAAAACACCUUAAGUAGAAUUUUUAUUGUUAUGGUAUUUAAUUAUUAUUAUUAUUAUUAUAAUUAAUUAAUUAAUUGAUUAUUAAUAUAAUUGUGUAUGAAAUGCGCGCGCGCGUUUAAAAAAAAUUAAUCGCCUUUAAUGACGCUACGAUAUAUAAAAUAUAUUUUUUAUUAAUUAUUUUUUUUUCUGCGUGAAAAAAACGAAUUGAAAUUUUUAUUAUCAAAUUAACCGAGUGCAUACACAUACACACGACAUUUAAUUAUCUUUUAUACACACAUAUAUAUACAUAUAUGUAAGUAAUUAAUAAUACAUGAUAUUGGAAAUUAAAAUUUUUAUUUUUAAUGUGCCAAUUUAUGAAUUUAAAUUUUAUUUAUAACGAAGUAAAAAAAAUAUACACAUUUUAUCACAUAUUAAUAAUUGUUUGUAUACAUAUAUUUUUGUUCAGUUUUACUGCAUUAAAAUUUCCCUACAAUAGCCCUUAUGUUUAUUUAUUAUAUUUAGCAUUUCGAUGUUUAUUUUUUCUCAGCGUGCGCGCGUGUCGCCGAUUACUAUAAUUAUAAUUAUUAUUAUUAUAAUAACUAUAAAAAAAUUAUGUAAUUAAAAUUUUUACGCGCUGUCUAACAAUUGUACAGCUUAUAUUACUAUGUACAUAUUCUUGAUUACAUGAAAACAAAAACAAUGAUAAUAAAUAAUUUAAAAUAAAAAAUAUAAAGAGGACAGAUAUAUUUAAUUGUCAAUUAUUAUUUUUUUCUUGACUAAACAAUUAACUUUCUUUUUUCUUUUUUUUAUUUUAAAUCUUACAAACGAUACGUGAUUACAAAGGCGUUGAUACAAAGGGAUAACAGUAACUAAAGAAAAAAUAAAUAGUAAUAUAUUUUAUUUUUAGAUUUAUUAAUUAUAAAUGUAUAAUUAAUUUUUUUGUGUAUGUGUGUGCAAAUAAUUAUUUUUAUUUUUAAAAAAUAAAACGUGCAUCGUGUAUGUUUUAAAUAAAUAAAUAAAAUAAAUUUAAAUACACGCGCACAUUUAAAUUUUUAAAGCCCAAAUAUUAUAAUUUUUUUUAUUUUAAUGCAUUGGUAGCUGCAUUAUUUUGACGUUAAUGUAAUUUAUAAAGAUAAAAAUUGUACACUAUUCAUUAUAAAUAUAUACAUAUAUUAUGUAAU